AUGUCGGCCAAAAAAAAAGUGCUGCUCAAAGUGAUCAUCCUCGGCGAUAGUGGGGUGGGCAAGACAUCGUUGAUGAAUCAAUAUGUCAACAAAAAGUUCACCAACCAGUACAAGGCGACCAUCGGCGCUGACUUUUUGACCAAAGAAGUCAUGAUUGAUGACAAGCUGGUGACCAUGCAGAUUUGGGAUACUGCUGGACAAGAGCGGUUUCAAUCCCUUGGUGUUGCAUUUUACCGAGGGGCUGACUGCUGUGUCCUAGUGCAUGAUUUGACUGCUGGCCACUCAGGAAAAACCCUGAGAGAUAUGGAAGAACGUUGGGUGUUGAGAUGUUGA